AGCAAAACCAGAAAAAUGAAGAAAGGAGUGAUAUUAGCUUUAUUUCUCACUCUCACUCUCAUGCUCCUCUCCUUCCCCUCUUUCCAAUUCAAAUCCGAUGAGCUCCUCCUGGACGACGAGGAGUAAGGUCUCGAGGGCACUCCGCCUCGCUUCCCUGAACCCACAUUCAUCCCUGCUGCUACUAGAUCCUUCCGAAAGAGGCAUUCGGAGUCGGAGUCUGACUCCAAGAUCUAGUUCUCUCUGGAGCACGCUUUCGGUGACUUCGAUUUUGUUCCCGCUGGCACCUUGUCUGCUCGCCUCAAGACUUGGAAUCACGGUGGCCAGGUUAGAUUUAAAAUCGGAUGCUAAAUUGCUAAUCUUGAAUUCAUUUCUGAUUACUAGUUUAGGAUCUUGUUUGUUUUCGCUCUGUUUUGCUGUUCUGGGAAUCUAAUUAAUUGCUAAAAUAAAAUUUAAAAACUGAGGUACAAAUUGGGGUUUACUGAAGACCGUACGCUUCCUCUCGCCCUUCUCUUUUUUUCCCUUUUAUCUCAGAAAUUCAAUGAAGUUUUUGAAUUCUUUUGUUGAGAUUUGAAUUAUUGAUCCUGAUUGAUCCUGAAUUCUUUGUCAAUUACAGUUGGCUUGAUGUUCUUUUUAGAAAAUUCCAAGUAUGAUAAUGGAUUUGACAUGCAAUUUUUUUGACAGACACUUACAAAGCUGUGUUUUCCAAGAAAUGGUUUCACUGAUGAGGAGAAGGAGAAGUUCAAAGUAGUUGCAUGUUAUUUGAAAUCCUGAUUUUGUUUUUCUUUUUCUUUUUUUUCUUUUUUUUUUGUCCUUACAAUGAAUCAUUGUACAUCGCUUUUAUUUGUAUUGUUCUCUGUCCUACAGAAUUUGCUUCGAGGUGAUAACUUCUAAAGGAUAAGACUCCCAUCCAGUGUUCUAAGUUCACCUGGGAGGGAUUAUAUUGUCUCAUCAGUGAAAGCGGAAGUGUAAACAUCUUGGCAGUCAAUUAUGUGUCCCCAGGGGCAUGUCCAUAUCCUCUGCAGUUGAAACUUGUGAGUUACAGUUUAUCUCUUACUUUGCUUUUGUUUCUUAGUUAGUUGAGCAAACUACAGAGAUUAUAGCCUCUUCCUCAAAUUUAUUGUUGUCAUUGUUGCCAUUUGUUCUAUUCUACAAUUAGUUUAAGCAAAUAUCUUAAAAGUGUGAACUUCCCUUUGUGUUACUACAAUAUCUUUUCCUAAGUUGAAGUUGUUAUUUUAAUGUGUAAUGUGUAGAAUCAUACCUUGCCAACUCAUAGAUUUAAUAGUAAAAAUUUAAAUUUAAU